GAUACGCGGGGCCGAGAUUCUUGACUGGCCACUGUAUAUCAACUAAAACAAGGAAGAGGAAAACUCCAGCCGACGGAGCAAAGUCUUGCCUUUUACUUUUACUUCACCUCAACUGGAUUCUUUGAAUGUCCUUCGUUUCUUUCUACCAAAGGCUUCAGAUCCUCAAUUUGACAAAACCAAUAAUUACUUGUUGGUUCCAAAGAGCAACAAUCACAAGGAAAGAAAACGAAAGCGAAAUGGCAAUGCCAUGGGUCAUGACACUGUGGAUGGCAGAGAUGGUUUGGAUUGCUCUAAGUGGAUGGGUUUCUUCAUGCUUGACGAUUGCCGAUGAAGUUGCUGACUCUCUCAGAAGUGGUGAUAUUGGUCCCUUCCAUGUUGGCUGAACUCAUCGUCUUGUUUUCUUCUUCUUUCAAUCAAACCCACUUCUCCGGACAAACCUAAAGGAAGAAUUAAAGAGUUCUCUAGGGAAUUGUGAGUUGUACAAGGAACAUGAUCCAAAGGGUGAAAUCAUAUUUAAUUUGAUUGGUUGGUUUGGCAUGCAAUCUUGGUUAUUGGUUUUCUAAUUUGAGUUUGAUAAUGUUAGUCCAGCUGUGGCAGAAAGCUACAUGGUUUGGUCAUUUUCUUUGAUAGGACUACUGGAGGUGUCAACCCCAUACCAUCCAUUGUACAGAAAGGCAAGUGUUCUUCAAAAAUAUUGCAGUGCUCGGAAUGAGUGGCACUGAUGGAAGGCCCCGCCUCAUAUCUUUACUUAGAUGAGUGUUGGUGCUACUUCACCCUAACAUUACUAAUUAUAGUAAUUUUAUACAACUGUGCAUUGAUAAUGACAGUAGUAUGUCAAUUUUUAAUAAGAAUAAUCCAACUACCAAUACGUUUGCUUUGCUUUAUCUCAUGCAACUGUAUCUGUAUACAUGUAACAGUAUUCAUACGAAAAUCCGCAUUAAACUUUCUAUGAAGUUUUAGUUAUGUAA